AAUAAAAACCAUAACUGUAAAAUUCAAAAAACAAAAAACAAAAAACGAGUCUUCUUCUCUGUUUUCACCUCAGCUCUGUUCUGCAGAGAGAUCUGUGCAACUCCAUUUCUCUCUCUCUCUCUCUCUCACACACACACAUCACUCUCCAUCUCUCUUCAAACUCCCAACACUACAAUCUCAUUUCUUCACCCCCAGAUCUCAUCACUACACCCCCACCCCCAUCACCAUCAUCAUCAUCAACAACUUCUUCAACAACUAAAUCUCACUGUAAUCAACAAUUCACAUUUCAGAACCCUAAUUCACACCAAUCACAAUGCAACGAAAUGCAUCAACAUAACCACCACAACAACCACCGUCACAAUCUCUCUCUCAUAACCACAAAUCGCCAUGGUCUUUGGCAAAACCUCCGGCGCCAAAAGCAAUCUCCGAAUCUCAUCUUCUCUUCAAGAUCUCACCUCUUACCGUCACCUCGAUCCACAAAAUCCAAUCUCAACCGUCAAUUCAAUCAACCAACAACAACAACAACAACUGCAACAACAACAACAACAACUUCUUCAGAACUCAACUUUCUCCAAAACAAAACCAACCCAAAUUCCAAACCCGACCCGUAAAAAAUGUUGCAAACCCAUCACACUCAUCUUAUGCUUCCUCAUCUUCAUUCUCCUCAUAUACGUAAUUUCAACACUCGUUUAUUCUCAUCGAAAUUCAGGUAAGUACUACGUCGUUUUGGAUUGUGGUAGUACUGGAACUCGUGUUUACGUUUACAAAGCUGAAAUUGAACAAAAAUCACAAGAUAGUUCGAUUCCGAUUUCGGUUACUUCGUUGAGAAACGGUUUACAGAAAAAACGCGGUUCACAAAGUGGUCGUGCUUAUGAUAGAAUGGAAACUGAACCGGGUCUUGAUAAACUGGUUCAUAAUGUAACUGGUUUAAAAACUGCUUUGAAACCGCUUCUUAAAUGGGCUAUGAAACAGAUUCCAGAAAAUUAUCAUAAAAGCACUUCGCUUUUUCUUUAUGCUACUGCUGGUGUUAGAAGGUUACCAAAUGAGGAUUCAAAAUGGUUACUUGAUAAUGCUUGGAAUGUUCUUAAAGGUUCGAGUUUUGUUUGUAGGAAAGAUUGGGUUAAGAUUAUUAGUGGGACUGAAGAAGCUUAUUUUGGGUGGAUUGCAUUGAAUUAUGAUAGUGGUAUUUUGGGUGUUAAACCUAGGAAAGAGACUUAUGGUGCACUUGAUUUAGGUGGGUCUUCUUUGCAGGUUACUUUUGAAGGUGAUCAAAAUUUGAAUAGUGAAACUAGUUUGUUUGUUAGGAUUGGUUCGGUUAAUCAUCAUUUAACUGCUUAUUCUUUAGCUGGGUAUGGUCUUAAUGAAGCUUUUGAUAAAUCUGUUGCUUAUGUUUUUAAGAAAAAUAAACUUGGUUUAGGUGGGACUGUUAAACAUCCUUGUUUGCAAAAUGGGUAUAAGAGUCAAUAUACGUGUUCUCGUUGUUUGGCUGUUGAGAAAGAAAAGGAAGUGGAGAGUCCUAAAGUAGUUAAUGGGAGUGUCAAUGCUGUUGGUGGUGGAAAAGGAGUGUUGAAAACGCCGGUGAGGCUUAUUGGUGCGCCCAAUUGGCAAGAGUGUAGUGCCAUUGCUAAGGUUGCUGUUAAUUUGUCUGAAUGGUCUGAUGUUGAUCAAGGUCUUGAUUGUGAAGUGAAUCCUUGUGCUUUGCGCGAGAAUCUUCCUCGCCCGUUAGGUCAUUUUUAUGUGAUUUCUGGAUUUUUCGUGGUGUAUAGGUUUUUCAAUUUGACUUCUGAGGCUACUAUUGAUGAUGUGUUGGAAAAGGGUAGGGAAUUUUGUGAAAAAAAAUGGGAUGUUGCUAAGAAAAGUGUUGCUCCACAGCCUUUUAUCGAGCAAUAUUGUUUCAGGGCACCUUAUGUUGCUUCUUUGCUGAGAGAGGGUUUGCAUAUUACUGAUAGACAUAUAACUGUUGGCUCUGGAAGCAUUACUUGGACACUUGGGGUGGCUCUGUUGGAAGCUGGGAAGUCUUAUUCGACCAGAUUUGGUCUUCAGGGAUUUGACUUGGUUCAGAUGAAGAUGAAUCCUCUGAUUCUUAUUCCCAUUUUGUUACUUUCUCUUAUUCUUUUAUGUUGCGCUUUAUCAUGUGUCCUCAAAUGGAUGCCAAGAUUUUUCCGGAGGCAAUAUCUUCCCCUUUUCAGGCAUAACAACCCGUCCAGUGCAUCUGUUCUUAAGUCUCCUUUAUGGUUCAAGAGUUGGAGUCCAAUUAUUUCUGGAGAGUCAAGAAUAAAGACACCACUCAGCCCAACAACAAUCAUAGGUUCACAAGAUAGACCAUUUAGCUUGGGACAUGGCCUUGGUGAUAACAGUGGCGGCAUCCAGUUGAUGGAAUCUUCUUUUUACCCGACAGCUAGUGGUGUCUCACACAGUUAUUCCUCUGCCAAUUUAGGGCAGAUGCCAUUUGAGAGUAAUAAUACAGGGACCUUUUGGCCGCCCCACAGAAGUCAGAUGCGUCUGCAGAGUAGAAGAUCACAAUCUCGAGAUGACUUGAUUUCGUCAGUGGCUGAUGCACACAUGGUGAAUGUUUAGGACGUCAUCUUCUGGACAUUGCAUUUCAGUAUUUUACAUGGAGAUGACUGCAGAGGCUAAAGAAGAGCUGGCAAGAAUGUUUAAUUCCAAACUAAUUUGCUUCUCUGGAUCUCAUUUCAAAGCCAAAUUCCUCCGACAAGAUUCCUUGCACAAACGAGCACUUUUGUUCCAUCAUUCCUUCAGUAGUGGCUACUGAUGUCUCCAUGCUCUGCCUCGACUGUACAGGUUUCCGGUGACCGUAAGCCUUCAAAGCACCCGAGUCCAAUGAGCAUGAGAAGCUCAUCAUCAACUUGCUAAGAUAAAUUAAUUUGUGACUUUGUUUUCAUACCAUUUUUUGGACUAAUAAAUCACUAUUACUUACUAUAUAUAGAAUCUCCCCUUUGUUUCAAAGUGAAUGAUGACUGAGAAAAACACUUUGAAAACAUAAACCAUAGGGAGAUGUUGUAACAUAAUACUAUAAUGCUCACAUCUUAUACAUCUAAUAAUUUAAUUUAUUUGCAUUUUGUUACCAA